AUGGUCUUGAUGACAUCCGGUGAAGCCCUCUCAUGGAAAGAAACUAAAAAACACGCAGAUACUGUCCGUCGUGAAGGAAUAAGACAAUUCAUUCGCCAAUACCACAAACUCGCGAAAGCUUCUGGUGCUGCUCUUUAUUUCGGAGAUGAAAUAGAAUACACAUUAAUUCAUGUUGAUCCCAAAACAAAGAAUGCCAAAUUACUCCUUAUUGCCUCUGAGCUGGUUCCCUAUAUGCAAUGGGACGAAAACAAAUUACCACCUGGAACACCAAUCGAUGUGCUUUGGGGACCGGAAUAUGCCGAUUAUAUGAUUGAGGGUACACCGGGUAGACCCUUUGGGCAUCUGCCCGAAUACAUGAAUACGGUUGAAUUUAAUAUGCAAAAACGCCGUGAGCAGGUUCAAAAGCGUCUUCCAGAUAAUUGCCACAUCAUUUGCUUAUCAACGUUUCCAAGACUUGGUUGUCCUGAGUUCACUUUCCCACCAAUCAAACCGACUCCACUUGAAGGUGCUUCUCAUAGCCUCUUUUAUCCAGAGGAGGCUAUUAAUGGCUCUCUUCCAAGAUUUAGAGUCCUUACUCGAAACAUCAGGGAGCGAAGAGGUUCAAAAGUUGCUAUCAAUGUGCCAAUUUUUCGUGAUAAUAACACUCCAAAACCUUUCGUCGAAGAUUUCUCUAACUAUCUUGAUCCAGCUGACAACGAGGGUGCAACGGCCGCUUUGCCUGAUCAUGUCUAUUUGGAUGCCAUGGGAUUUGGUAUGGGUUGCUGCUGUCUUCAGGUUACAUUUCAGGGUUGUUGUAUUUCUGAGGCUCGGAUGCUUUACGAUCAGUUAACCACGAUUUGCCCUAUGAUGAUGGCUUUGAGCGCGGCUUCGCCAGCUAUUAGGGGAUACCUUUUGGAUACCGACUGUCGAUGGAGUAUUAUAUCUGCCUCUGUUGACGAUAGAACUGAAGAAGAACGGGGUCUUAGGCCAUUGGUAAAUGACCGUUUCCGCAUCCCAAAAUCUCGUUACGGUUCUGUGUCGGCCUACAUUUCUCAAGAGGGUGAUGCUUACAAUGAUACAAGCAUACCUUAUGACGCGGAAAUUUACGAAGAACUUCAGGCGGCUGGUAUUGAUAAGAUUCUUGCCAAACACAUGGCUCAUCUUUUCAUUCGUGAUCCUAUAGCUGUCUAUGCAGAAAGACUCGAAAUCCAAGACGAAAAUGAUACUGAUCACUUUGAAAACAUUCAAUCUACCAAUUGGCAAUCAAUGCGAUUCAAACCCCCUCCACCCAAUUCAAAUAUUGGUUGGCGGGUUGAGUUUAGACCUAUGGAGGUUCAAUUGACUGAUUUUGAAAAUGCCGCAUUCGCGACGUUUAUUGUUCUUCUUUCUCGUACGAUUCUCUCUUUGAAAUUGGACUUCCUUAUACCAAUUUCAAAAGUGGAGGAAAAUAUGGAAAAUGCAGUCAAACGGGAUGCUGUUAACCGGGAGAAGUUCCACUUUAGACGAGAUGAAAGUAUUGAUUCUGGUGAUGGCUGUUCUGAGAAUAAAAUUCAACCUGAGGAGAGCUACACCACCAUGACCAUCAAUGAAAUCAUCAAUGGAAGUGAUUCCUUCCCUGGUCUGAUUGCACUGAUCCGACACUACUUAACCCUGAUUGAGAUCGAUCCCAACACGGCCUUCACCAUACACCAAUACUUGAGUCUAAUCUCACGCAGAGCCUCUGGUGAGCUGCCGACCACCGCACGUUGGCUGCGCUACUUAAUCCAACGCCAUCCGAACUAUCGCGGUGACUCAGUAGUAAGCGAGCGUAUAACCAACGAUCUCAUCACUGAAUGUCUAGCCGUGUCUCGAGGUGAACCGACCAAGUCGUCCGAAUUGCUUCUACGAGGUCUCACAUCCACACGGACUCGUCCUUGUCCUUCCCAAGCCGCUCUCACUGCAGAGACCUCUUUGAAUCAGAAGCGAGGUGAGCAGGGAGUUCGCAAUGCGCCCACAAAUGUCGCUUUUGCUUCUGUCGGUUGUUCAUUUAAUCAUAUGUUGAGUUGA